AUGCCCCCGGGCGAAUACCUUGACGCGUUCGGAGACAUGGUAGAAGAAUUUAUCAAGGCUUUCGAGGUCGACAAGGGGCAGCCAUUAUCCCAAUCGACGCUCAUGAGAAAGUGUUGGGAGAUGGGGAGCUUCUGGUAUUUCCAUGCGGUGAACAGUCCAAAGUGUAUGUAUUCGCUCUUCAAUGAUCAUGUCCAGCGCAUAUUCUGUGCCGAACACUGCGAUACGUCACUUUUUGACUGGGUGGUAUCCUCGUAUUGGGCCCGUGAUGUGGACGCUGUGAUCGAGAAGAAGCUCAAGGAAGAGGAUGACUAUAAAGAGCAAUUACGGAAUGCGUUACUCGACGACCCCAGUCUUAUUGAUAGCGCCCGUGAGUGA